AUGGCAUUUUAUAAUUUACAGGUGAGGUCUUUAGUGGGAGAUAGAAUGUCUUUGUUGCUACAAACUACCUCCGCCGUGGUAAUAGCAUGCACUGUGAGCCUAAUCAUUGCAUGGAGAUUUGCCAUUGUAUUGAUAAUUGUUCAACCUAUAUCCAUUGCAAGUUUCUACACAAGAAGUGUAAUCCUAAAGGGCUUGUCUAAAAAGGCCAUCAAAGCCCAAGAUGAAAGUAGCAAAAUAGCAGUUGAAGCUAUUUCCAACCUUCGAACCAUCACUUCCUUUUCCUCACAAGACCGAGUCAUAAAAAUGCUACAAAAAGCCCAAGAGGGCCCAAGCCAUGAAAGCAUUCGACAGUCAUGGUUUGCUGGCAUUGGGCUUGGAUGUGCCCGAAGCCUUACAACUUUCAGUCGGGCUUUAGAAUAUUGGUAUGGCGGAAAUCUUGUUUACCAUGGCCACAUUACUUCAAAAGCAUUGUUUGAGACCAAUUUAAUAAUGGCAAAUACUGGUAGGAUGAUAGCAGAUGCUAGUAGUCUCACUAGUGACCUUGCUAAAGGAGCAAAUGCCAUUGGCCUAGUUUUCACAAUCUUAGAUAGAAACACAAAAAUAGAGGCUGAUGAAAUGAGUGCAUACAAGCCCCAAAAGUUAAUAGGCCAUAUAGAACUCCAAAAUGUUUAUUUUGCAUACCCAUCAAGACCCAAUGUGAUGAUCUUCCAAGACUUCUCCAUCAAAAUUGAUGCAGGCAAAUCCACAGCAUUGGUAGGGGGAAGUGGGUCUGGAAAAUCAACUAUAAUGGGCUUAAUAGAGAGAUUUUAUGACCCACUUAAAGGGAUAGUGACUAUGGAUGGUAGAGACAUAAAGUCAUAUAACCUUAAGUCACUAAGGAACUACAUUGCACUUGUGAGCCAAGAGCCAACACUUUUUAAUGGGACCAUAAGGGAAAACAUUGCAUAUGGAGCAUUUGAUAAGACUAAUGAAGUUGAGAUCAUUGAAGCAGCAAAGAUAGCUAAUGCUCAUGACUUUAUUGCAAGCAUGAAGGAUGGUUAUGACACAUGGUGUGGAGAUAGAGGAGUGCAGUUAUCUGGGGGCCAAAAGCAA